UAGGGGGUUCACCGGGAGCUUUAAAGCCAAAACCCUGCGUUGCAAACACCUUUUCUAGGGAGUCUGGGCUACAGAGUUAGCUUCAAGCUGAGGGUCUGAACUUCUCUGCUUAGCAGCUAAUGCGCCGCUAGCCGCAAUCAUAACUGUCCAAACAACGCAGAAGCGAGUGGCUACCGUCAACUUAAUCUGCAUUUGCUCCUGUUUUUUGUUUUUUAUCGUCUUCGCAGGCAAACAUGUCAGGAAUUAAAAGGAAAAUAGAGGGCAACGAUCCAGACUACGAUGACAUCUCGCUGGUUCAAAGUAAUAAGAGAAACAAAACGGCCGAACAUAAUGCUCGAGAAGCGACAGUACAGAAGAUUGAAAGCAUCAUCAGGGAGCAGUUUUCCUUGGAAAUGAAAAGCAAAGAGCACGAAAUAGAUGUUAUAAGUCAGCGCCUCAAUGAAGCCAGGAGGAUGAUGGACAAACUCCGGGCAUGCAUAGUGGCUAAUUACUUUGCCAGCGCUGGAAUAGCAAAGCCUCCAGAGCACACCUUAAAAAGUGACCCCGCGGUAUUGAACCAUCCGGCCAUCCGGCGUUUCUUGGAGUCCCCGUCCCGUUCCUCCUCCCCUCUCAACCAGGGCUCAGAGACACAAUCCCUGGCCCAUUCAGAGUGCGAGUCCCUCUCGCAGCAAGGAGACGGCGCGGAGAGGAACGGAGAGGGGACGUGGAGGGAGGACGGCAGCAAGCCGGAGCGCAGACCCGGACGGAACACGGGCAAAGACACGUUUGGGGUGCCUUCACCCAUGGACGCUGAGCAGAGGGUGACCUACUACACUACUGGAGAUGAAGCCUCCAGACUCUAUGCUAAGAAGACGAUUGUUGUCGGAAACGUAUCCAAAUACAUUCCCCCAGAUAAGCGGGAAGAGAACGACCAGUCGACCCACAAGUGGAUGGUGUACGUCAGAGGCUCGAGGAGAGAGCCGAGCAUCGACCACUUUGUGAAGAAAGUCUGGUUCUUUUUGCACCCCAGCUACAAACCUAAUGAUCUAGUGGAAGUCAGCGAGCCUCCCUUUCAUUUAACACGGCGCGGAUGGGGGGAGUUUCCUGUGAGGAUCCAGAUCCACUUCAAAGACUCUCGCAACAAACGCGUUGACAUCAUCCACCAGUUAAAGCUGGACAGAACAUACACUGGGCUGCAGACGCUGGGAGCAGAAACUGUGGUGGAUGUGGAGCUUCAUAGAGAUUCUCUCGGGGAGGACUACAUGCCCAAGCCUUCCUCAUCCUCCCACAGAGCGGCUCUAAAAGCAGCCAGCCCCAUGUCGACGUCCUCCCUCGCCCAGACCUACGGACAGCCCAGCUCCCCAGUCUCACAUGAUUUCGGUUCAGGAAAAGGUUUGGUUAAAGCGGAGACGGCGAGGUCUGCGAGUGGCCAUAACCCAGGCCUGGCUGCCGGUGAGCGCACUCCAACAAGACCCAGACCCGGUGACAGGGUCACUCUGGGUUCCCAUGGCAACUCUGCCUUCCAGCCAAUCACGGCGAGCUGCAAAAUAGUUCCCCAGGGACAGGCGCCGAGUCCUGCCGAGUCUCCGGGGAAAUCGUUCCAGCCAAUCACCAUGAGCUGUAAAAUAGUCUCAGGUUCGCCCAUCUCCACCCCUAGCCACUCUCCGCUGCCCCGGACACCCACGGGCCCCGCCCCUGUCCACGGCAAGCAGAGCGCCUCCUCUGUCCUCAACAACCCGUACAUUAUCGUUGAUAAGCCUGGGCAGGUGAUCGGCAUGGCGUCCUCAUCCGCUACCUCCACAGGAAGCCCCUCAGCCAAACAGGCUCAAGGCACCCGCUCUCCAGCGCCUAAAGUUCACACCGGCACUUUCCUCUCCUCGGGGGUCAAGGUUAUUAUCAAGCAGGAGCCGGGGGAAGUUUCCACGCAGCAACAGCAGAUGGUUUCCACAGUAACCAGCCAGCAGCAACCUGCUGCUGCUGCUGCAGCCCACCAGUUUGUCGCAGUGAAAGGAGGUCACAUGAUCUCCAUGUCGAGCCAGAAACGGGCCGCCGAGGCCACAGGGUCCUCAGCUAGCAAGGUGUUGGGGAUUCCUGUGAGCUCGACGCUUCAGUCCUCGGUGAAACAGGUGGCCAUCAGCAGCGGGCAGAUCCUGGUCGCGAAGGGCAGCCCCUCCGUGUCCAAGGUGGUGGGAGGCAAGCAGGUUCUGGCCCAGGGAGUUGCUAAAGCCAUUGUGAGUGGAGCUGGCAGCAUCACCGGUCAGCAAGGUGGCACCAAGGCGUCUGGUGGCUCCGGUGGCAAGAGUGGAGUGAUGGCCACUCUUCAGCUACCAGCGAACAAUUUGGCCAACCUGGCCAAUUUGCCUCCAGGUACCAAGCUCUACCUGACCACCAACAGCAAGAACCCAUCAGGGAAGGGAAAGCUGCUGCUCAUUCCUCAAGGAGCCAUCCUCAGAGCCUCUGGUGCAAGUAAGACGAGUCACCAGUCCCAGAGCGGCUUGUCAGCAGGUACCAGCGGCUCCCAGAACUCCUCGUCCUCCUCGUCUUCAAGCAGUCUGCCUUCCAACCUCUCCUACACGUCUUACAUUUUGAAGCAAACCCCACAGGGUACCUUCCUGGUGGGUCAACCAUCACAGGGAUCAGGGAAGCAUGGGAGCUCCAGUUCGGCCGUUCAUUCAGGAACACCUGCAGCCACUUCCACCCAGCAGGCUAUCCGCGUGACGGCCGGACAGAAGGCGGCCAUCUUGGCUCAGGUUGUCGGCAGCUCCCAGGGUGCACAGUUGAAGCUGUCCGACGGCUCCGUGAAGACGGUGACGGCGGCGGGAGCAAGUCACAUGUCCAAGCCGGGCUCCACCACGCUGAGGAUGUCGGGGGGAGUCAUCACAGCUGCUUGCUCCACUCCUGUCAGUGCAGCAGCAGCGGCGGCGAGUCAACAGCAGGCUGCUGACGGCGGGAAGCCUGCCUCUCAGCCCCACCCACUUCUGGUGUCAACCAACCAAGCGGCGGUCAUCAGCGCAGCCAAGAACGCCAGCGCUGCCGGCGGCGGCGGCCUGUCCAAGGCAGCGGUGGCCUCUUUGGUCAAAGGAGCCGCGGCGGCGACGAAGGGCGCCGCGGGUUCGACCGGCGCCGCGGUGACGCUCGCAAAAGGCGCCGCAAACACGCCCGCCAUCAGCGCGUCCAAAGGAGCCGGCGUAGGCGCUGUGGUGGGUGUGCCCAAAAGCAGCGGCACUUCCUUAGUUUCCGCAUCGUCAUUAGUCAGCGGGGUGGCAGCCGGAGGAGGAAAGACGAGUGCUGCGUUGUCAGGCAUGCUAAAGAUUCACUCUGGGGGCUCCAGCUCCCAGCAGACGGUCUUAACCAUCCCUGCCAACCAGCUCAAACAGCUGGGAGUGGGCUCUGGGUCUGCAGGGCUGCAGACCAUAUUCAUGCCUGUUGGUAAAGUGGUGUCUAAAGGCCCCGUCUCCAACCCUCCUUCCUCCUCCUCCUCUUCAUCCACAACCCAUGGAGCUGCUGGAGCUGGAGCCUCCGUGAGCCCUGCCAGCCAGACCCCCCUCUCCCUUGUCCCGCCGCUGGCACAAGUGAAAACCGAACCGAGCGCCGGUCCCGCCGUCACAGCUGGUCCUUCGGCCCCGGUUUCUACGCCGGCCCCGCCCUCGCUCCAUGUCCCUUCUGCAGCUGCUGCUGUCAAGCAGGAACAAGGCACAGAUACCGCCGCACACGAUCUCAUCAACACCGAGCACAUAGAAACUAUGAUGCAGCUGCUGACUGCUGUAGUGAAGAAGUUUCCUCUAAUUCUACCGGAUAAGACCGAGGACUCGCAUCCAUUCUGUGCCUCUUCAGUAGAACAGUAUUAUUCCUGGAACAUUGGCAAACGCAGAGCAUCAGAGCUUCAGCGAGCCGUCGCGGUGAAGCGGGUCGUCCAGGACGUCCUGGACCGCUCACCUCGCCUCCAGGCCCUCACACCCCCAAAGACCAAAGAGGUCGUCCAGUGGUGCCGGCAACGGGGAUACACCCCACCUGACCCUGAGCCCCAAAGCAGGAAUGAUGACGAGUCCAUAGAGGACAUUCUCACGCAAAUCGAUAACGAACCUGAGUGCCCGUCGACCCUUACCAGCUAUGACGAGCUGGUGCUGCGGCUGGAGCAAAUGCAAGCCCUGCUGAAGACCGAACCCGAAGAGGAAGACGAUGAAAUAGUCGACAUUGUCACGGUGACUCCCCCCUGUCACAAGUUGAAGGUCAAAGAGGAGGAGCAGGAAACCGACGUGGAGCCCAAGUUUUUCCUCGGCCCCUGCAUGUCCUCGCAGUUCGUCAGCGAGACGGCUCAGCAGAUCGGCGUCACGUUUCAACCAGUGGAGGUGGAGAAGAAUGUGUUUGCUCCAGUAAUCGAAGCAAUGAUUUUGAAGGCUACAGAGCAGUUUGCCAGCGAUGUCCUGAGAGAAGCUCUGGCUGGGGCCUAUGCUAAAUGUCCUCCAAACAGGGCGCCGAGGGAGAUCACAGCCUUGAACAUCCACCAAGCCGUCAGUAGCAUCCCCACCUGUGACUUCCUCACUAACGCUCACAUGGGUUACCUGACAAAGGACAACUGAGGCCAAACAGGAUUUGACUUUGACCAGGAGCGGAGCCACGGGCCUCUUGUUGUGAAUAUCGGCAUCCAAAUGCAGUCCCAUUGUCUCAGCGGGAGCUGCAAGAGUCCUGAAUAUAUGAACGUAAUCACAGAAGGGCUCAGCUUGCUCCUCAGUGCUGGUGCUCCGCUGCGGCGUAACAAAUGUCUUUAAUACUUGGAGUGGUCACCUUUUUAUUUCUGUUCGGAAAGAAGCCACAUCAUGCUGCGCGUGUUAUUUAAUGUAGUGUUUCCCGUUGCGCUCUCUCAUACCUCAUAACAUUAUUUCAGUGAUGAAGUGUUGAUGCCAGAGAGGUUUAUCGUAAGGGAAACAAACCCCGUGUGAAUUAUGGAACUAGAAGCCUCCAGCUGCUGUGAUUUUUACUGCAGUUCGGGAACUCUAAUGAUAAUCUGGGUGUUGUGUCUGUGGGUACUUUAUAUCUGAGAGGUUCUCCCAGAGCGGUUGCUGCCAUGGCAACCAGCAGCCAUCAUCAUCGUCGCCCGUACCCCGUAUCCUUUUACUGUAUUUCAGUGUUACCCAGCCAGCAGGUGUAAUUAUAAAUAAUGCAGCAGGAACAAAACGACGACAACAGGAACACACUGUUUGCUAAAGUUUUUAACAGAUUUUCAUUAAACCUGUCCUGCCUGAACUUUGACACUAAAUGAAUGACUCUCAUUAUGAAUUGAUGAUAAUGAUUCGCAAAAAAAAAAAAAAGGUUCUGCAACCCUUUUUUUUUUUUUUCUAUUUUAAAGUGUUCUGUUUAACGACUGAUGUCAUAUCCGUCACUGUAUGCAUAAUGCACACCAGUCAGCAACAGCAAUCAAACUGCUAACAGGUGGCAUGGCUAUGGGUCAUCCUGUUAAACUUGUUUCUGGCUGCUAAGUGGUAUUUUAGGUCAAAAAAAAAGACCUAAAAUAAGUAGUUGAAUGGUUUCUAAGUUCGACCCGACUGGUGUGCAUAACUAGAAAGUGUUUUUUUUUUUUUUCUAACAUCAACAUUUUUAAUAUUUAUACCCAACAGCUGUGCGUGUGUGUGUGUGUGUACUUGACAGAGUAAAUGAAAUUGAUGGUGAGUACUGUUAAAGUGUUUUGUCAUUUAAUACAAAUGAGCGCGUGUUGUUGAGCUUUGUAUGAUUGGACAAGCAAAUGUUGUCAUGAGCUGAUCGGCCUGUUUAACCAAAUGAAAUUAAUGUACAAGUUACCUAAACACUGUAUUGUUUGUUUUUUUCUGUGCAAACCAAAAAUAUGAUCAAUAUUCUUAUAAUAAACUGAGUAAAAUAUUUCUUGAAAUCUAGAUAUGUGUGAAGUGCAUUGGGAUGUGGAUGCGUCUGUCGGGAUGAACGGAGGAGGCUCCGGUAUGAAGAUGAUGUGUGGUCCGCAUCAGAAUCAGUCUCAAAAUAAUUCUGGGCUUUUAAUUUAAUUUUUUUUUUAUUUCAAGGUUGAUGUUAUAACACUCAGCUUGAGUGAACAAGAAAAAAUCUAUGAGAUAUUGGCCUGAGGUGUCUGUUCACGUACAGUAAAGCGCUGACCUGCAGUGUGUGGACCUCCAAUAAUCAAAAUAUGCAUCCCAAUUACUCCUCACAAAGAAGCAGCUCUGAUUUAACAGUUGCCUAGGUAGCCAGUGAAAAACCUAGAGUGCCUAAAAAAAUACUCGACUGUAUUCAAGUGAAAUGUUUUAGAUGUGGGCAGUAGACGUUUGGGGAGCUAAGAACCUGCUGGUCAUGGAACAAAAAACUGCAAAUAAAUUCACCAACAGCCUCAACACCUGGUGUACUCGUUCUG